AAAGCACACUGAUCACAGCUAGACGAACUGCAAGCGAUCAUGGCGUCGAUAGGAUGUGGAGUUAGCAGUUGUAGUAGCUACGUCUUUUUAGUUCGCAGAGGAAGAUAAAUUUGGAUAUUUACCACAAGAUCGCAAUUUCAUCCUCGUGAAUAAUUAUUGUCAAUCUCUCUGGAUUUUUAACGCAAUGUAAGUUUAUUUCCGUUUAUACCCGUUUGUUUACUAUACCAAGGUUAUCGACUUGGGAAAAUAAGCAUCUACACCGCGAUAGCGAUCGCGAACAGCUGGAAGACUGAGUAUCAGUCCGAUCACCCUAAUCGUACCAUCAUAUUUUAAGCCUGGAUUUUAUUUAAUAUUUUUGACCACAGUCAUGGCGGCGGCAUGGUUGCCGUUUGCAAGGGCGGCUGCAAUAGGAUGGGUACCGAUAGCAAGCACUCCUAUGCCCGAAAUCUCGAGAAGAACAACAGAUGGAAAUAUGAACUCGAGAGUAAAUAUCAACAUCAGUGGCCGGUUGUUCGAAACUUGGCGAUACAGUCUUGAAAAAUACCCUGACACAUUACUCGGAAGCAACGAAAAGGAAUUCUUUUACGAUGAGGAGAAAGAUGAGUAUUUCUUUGACCGAGAUCCAGAAUUCUUUCGGCACAUACUGACUUUUUAUCGUACAGGACAUAUGCAUUUCCCACGGUCCGAAUGUAUUAGUGCAUUUGACGAAGAGCUGUCAUUUUUUGGAAUACUCCCGGAAAUUAUUGGUGAUUGUUGUUACGAGGAUUAUCGGGAUAGGAAAAGGGAUAACAGUGAUCGAGUAGCUGAUGAAAAAUCAUCAGAAGUUGAAGAUACUGUUUUACCAACCACAAUCAGAGGAAAGGUGUUCAGGGCGUUUGAAAACCCACAGUCGAGCACCAUGGCGCUUGUAAUUUACUACGUUACUGGGUUUUUCAUUGCCGUCUCCGUGAUAGCAAAUGUUACAGAAACAGUUCAUUGCGAUCCCUUCCCUGGAAAAACAUCCGCAGUGCCUUGUGGAGAAAGAUAUGAAAAAGGAUUUUUCAUUUUGGAUACUGCAUGCGUUUUGAUCUUUACAGUGGAAUAUACGGCCCGACUAUGGGCGGCUGACGAUCGGUGCAAAUUUAUGCGAAGUGUUAUGUCUGUUAUAGACGUGGUUGCAAUUCUUCCCUAUUAUGUUGGACUUUUCGUUACCGGUGACGAACUAACGGGUAUGUUCGUAACACUUAGGGUUUUCAGGGUUUUUAGAAUUUUCAAAUUUUCCCGGCAUUCGCAAGGCUUACGAAUCCUUGGAUACACAUUGAAAAGUUGUGCAAGUGAACUUGGAUUUUUACUCUUCUCGCUCACUAUGGCUAUAAUCAUCUUUGCCACAAUUAUGUACUACGCAGAAAAAAGCGACCAAAAUACCGUGUUUAUAAGCAUCCCAGCUGCAUUCUGGUACACUAUAGUAACCAUGACAACACUUGGGUA